AUGGCAUUCGCAUUACCAGCCUUCGAAAGUUUCUCCAUUAGUGACGACCCUCAAAACGUUGGCGCACGUUGGAAGAAAUGGGUGUCCAGGUUCGAGACAAUGCUCUUGGCCAUGAACAUUGUAGAAGAGGACUCUAAUACAAACGCACAGAAAUCAGCAAUCGACAAACGAAGACUCGCCCUGAUGCUGCACUACGCCGGAUCUGAAGUGGCCGACGUGUAUGACACCUUAUCGGGCGAAGACGAAGACAAAGAAUCAUACCCAAAAACGAAGCCCUUGCUGCAAACUUACUUCCAGCCUAAACAAAACAUUGAGCUUGAAGUAUACAAGUUCAGGAAACUGCGACAGGAAGAUGGUGAAACAAUGGACGCCUAUGUCACCAGGCUUCGCAAGCAAGCAACACUCUAUGAUUUCCCAGACGAUGAUCGUGAAAUCAAGUUUCAAGUCAUCCAAGGAUGCCUGUCAAGCUCAUUUAGGAAGCUCUGUCUACGUGGUCAGCUGUCCCUGAGUAAGAUGCUAGAACACUCUAGAUCAGCCGAAGCAGCUAAUCACUAUGAGGAAAACAUAGAGAAACACAACCAGAAGUCUGGAAACGCAAUGAAACACAAAAAUACAAAAAGCUCCAAUCAACGCAACCCCUCAAGUGGCACACAGGAGAUAAAAGAAAUCACACAAAAGCUACAGAACCAAGCAAUAAACUCUUCCGACGAAUCAAGCGAUGAGUCGGUGUUUUCCGUCUGCGCCAUCAACAACCAGAGGAGACCGAUGACGUCAAUACAGGUCAGCGAAACCAAAAUCGCAAUGAUGAUCGACACAGGCUCGAUAUGUAACAUGAUCGGGUUGAAAACAUUUAACAAAUUAAAUCCGAGGCCCGUUCUGAAACCAACCAACACAGUGAUCAACGCGUACGGAAACCAACCGCUUGACAUUAAAGGAAAAUUCUCAACAAUCAUCAGGUCCAAGCAUGCAGAGUCGAAAGUUACGGUGUAUGUAAGCGCUGAGAACAAUGCCGACAACCUACUGAGUUGUGAAACUGCCAAAGACCUGAAGAUCGUCAAAAUCAUAAACGCAACUCAUACACAAGCCAGAUACGAACAGCUAAAAUGCGAAUUUACGUCACUCUUCAAAGGCACUGGCAAAAUGAAGAAUUACACCGUGAAACGACACAUCGACCCAUCGGUUCCUCCAGUCACGCAGAAACACCGGCGUGUUGGGUUCCAUCUCAGAAAAGCCGUCGAGGAGGAGAUUCAAAAGCUGUUGCAAGAAGAUAUCAUCGAACCAGUUACGGGAGGUCCAACCCCAUGGGUAUCACCCUGUAUUGUGGUUCCAAAACCAAAGCAGCCCGGCAAGUUUCGUGUGUGCGUAGACAUGCGCGCUCCAAACAAGGCAAUAAUGCGCACCCGCCACCUCAUUCCCACCAUCGAAGACCUCGUGGUCGAUUUAAAUGGAGCCAAAUUCUUUUCAAAGCUCGACAUGAACCAAGGUUACCAUCAGUUAGAGCUCAUGCCGGAAUCUCGUUUCAUCACAACUUUCGCUAGCCAUCGUGGACUGUUCCGCUACAAGAGACUUAACUUUGGCAUAAACUGCGCCGCAGAAAUCUUCGACGAUGUCAUAAGGCAAAUAAUUAGUGGCAUUCCCGGUGUCGUCAAUCGUAGCGACGACAUACUCGUGACCGUAAGAUCCAGAGGUGAACAUGACCAGAAUCUUCGGGAAGUGCUACGAAGGCUCCAGGAACGCAACCUCACCCUCAACUUUGGAAAAUGUGAGUUCGGGAACAGGGAAGUCACGUAUUUUGGUCUUCACUUUAGCGAAGAUGGGAUCGCCCCUGACAAAGCCAAGGUUCAGGCCAUCGACGAAGCCGCCCCUCCAUCUGGACCAGACGAGGUAUCAAGUUUCCUCGGCAUGAUUACAUUCUGCAGUAGGUUCAUAGCGGAUGCUGCAAGCAUCAGUGAACCUUUGAGAAAACUCACUCACAAGAAAACCGAAUGGGCGUGGAGUACCAAAGAACAAACAGCAUUUCAGGAGCUCAAGAACCGUCUAAAGAAAGCAGUAACGCUGGCGUACUACGACGUAAAAAAAUCGACAUCUUUAAUUGUUGACGCCAGCCCAACCGGGCUUGGUACCAAGUUCUCGGUAAUAACGCACCACAAGCCACUGGAAACCAUUUUCAACAAACCGUUGAUUCAACCUCCAGCCCGAAUUGAAAGAUGGUUACUCAAGCUUCAGCAAUACGAGUUUGAAGUCAAGUAUCAACCCGGUAAGAACAACCCGGCUGACUUCAUCUCACGCCAUCCAGCCCAUCAGAACAGGACCCCGUCAAGAGAAGAAAUAAUCGCUGAGAACUAUGUCAACCACAUCGCAAUGACGUCAGCACCAAAAGCCGUUACCAUCAAGGAAGUGGCAGAAGCUACCGCACGAGACAAAGCGAUCCAAGUCAUAGCUAAAAUGCUCGAUUGUAAACGUGACACCAAACAAGAAAACCUAACGCCUGGUGAGUCCGAGCGCGUCAGAGCAUUCAAACUUGUCCUGAACCAACUGUCACGAGUACAAUCCACUGAAGGUCUACUACUGCUUAAGGGUUCGAAGCUGGUCAUUCCCCAAGAGCUCACUGAUCGCGAAAUAAAGAUAGCGCACCAAUGUCAUCCGGGAAUUGUGAAGACGAAAAGCCUGAUCAGAGAAAAAGUGUGGUUCCCUGGAAUAGACAAGCUGGUCGAAAGAAGGAUUAGCUCUUACAUCCCAUGCAUGGCAGCCAACCCAACUGUGCGACCGGAACUUCUGCUGACGUCACAGCUUCCAUCCGGGCCAUGGACCGAGAUCAGCGUGGACUUUGCACAAUUGCCCGAUAACAAUUAUCUUGUAAUCUAUGACGAUUACUCACGUUUCCCGGUCAUACAAAAAGUCUCCAGCACAUCGGCGAACGCCAUAAUCCGCAGAUUGAAAGAGGUUUUCGCCAUGUUUGGCAUCCAAACAACACUCAAAAGUGACAACGGUCCACCAUUCUCGAGCAAGAACAUGAAAGACUUCGCGGAGGAAUUCAACUUCCAACAUCGCAAAGUCACCCCUCUUGGCCACAAGCUAACGGUGGCGUCGAACGUUUUAUGA